AUGAACUAACAUUAUCAACAUUUCAUCUUUUUCUUAUUAGCUUAGCUACUCCUACUUCACACACGUUUGCUUUCUCAUUUUUUUUCAUUCCCCUCUACCUUGGGAAUUGCAGCUAGCACCUUCAUUUGCUCUCUCCUCUUCUACUCCAGGGGACUAAGAUCUCGAUCUAUCUAUCUAUCUAUCUAUCUAUCUAUGAGUAGCGAUAGCAAGGUAUAUAUACAUAUGUUGUAAUAAAUGGAAGCAUCAAGUAGUAAUGCAAUGUCUUCUAAUAAUAAGUGGAUGGCAUUUGAACCAAACAAGGGCACUAGUAACACAACAUGGAAAAGUGAGAUAGUGAAUGAUGAAGCUGGUAUGGCUGUAAGGGCAGCAGAAUGGGGGCUAUCAGUUGUACCUGUAGACGGUGGAGAUGCAUCUUCGAGUGUCGUGGUUCGGAUGUCAGGGGACGGAGAUCGAAGCAAAAACUCGUACGACAGGGCGACGGAGGUGAUGAGGAUGUCGGAGGAAUCGAACUCGAGUACAUAUGAACAUCUACCAAGGGUUUCACAAGAGUUGAAGGAUGCAUUAGCAAGUUUGCAACAGACUUUUGUAGUGUCUGAUGCUACUAAACCUGAGUGUCCCAUUAUGUUUGCUAGUAGUGGCUUCUUCACUAUGACUGGCUACUCUUCUAAGGAGGUUGUUGGUCGCAAUUGCCGAUUUCUGCAGGGGCCAGAAACAGACCAAAACGAGGUCGAGAAGAUAAGACAGGCGGUGAAAAAUGGAACAAGUUACUGUGGAAGACUCUUGAAUUACAAGAAGGAUGGUACCCCUUUCUGGAACCUUCUCACUGUUACCCCUAUCAGAGAUGACAAGGGUUGUGUCAUCAAAUUUAUUGGAAUGCAGGUUGAGGUCAGUAAAUUUACUGAAGGAAUAAAUGACAAGGCAUUACGUCCUAAUGGCUUGCCUAAAUCAUUAAUCCGUUACGAUGCUCGUCAGAAGGAAGCGGCAUUGGGUUCAAUAAUAGAGGUUGUUCAGACUGUGAAGCAUCCAAGAUCUCUCAGUCAACCUUUGAGUAACAAUGACGCUGAUCGACGGGAGGUUGCAGGGAAAUUCAAUCUCGAUUAUAUGCUGCCAAAACUUGCAGAAAUUGACAAUGUGGGAACUCCUGGUAGGCUUUCAUCACCAAGUAGGCUUUCAACACCUGGUAGGCAGACUCCUAAAAUUGACGCAUCUAGUAGAGAUUCUGACAAGAGCUCUCGCAAAUCAGCGCGUAUUUCUUUGUUGGGGUUUAAAGGGAGGUCUUCUGCAAAGCAUGAAAGACCACCAAGUCCUGAGCCAGAAUUUCUGAUACCGAAAGACAUAGAUCGUGAUGACAGCUGGGAGCGUGCAGAAAGAGAAAGGGACGUACGGCAGGGAAUUGACCUGGCAACAACUUUGGAGCGCAUUGAGAAGAAUUUUGUGAUUUCUGAUCCCAGGCUUCCAGAUAAUCCAAUUAUUUUUGCAUCUGAUAGCUUUCUUGAAUUGACAGAGUAUACACGAGAAGAAAUUUUGGGGAGAAACUGCAGAUUUCUUCAGGGACCGGAGACAGACCAGACCACAGUCCAGAAAAUAAGAGAUGCUAUUAAAGAACAGCGGGAUAUCACUGUUCAAUUAAUAAAUUACACUAAAAGUGGGAGGAAGUUCUGGAACUUGUUUCAUUUACAACCCAUGCGAGAUCAGAAGGGGGAGUUGCAAUACUUUAUAGGUGUGCAAUUAGACGGAAGUGAUCAUGUUGAACCAUUACGUAAUAGACUGUCAGAGAGAACAGAAAUACAAAGCGCUAAAGUGGUCAAAGCAACUGCAGAAAAUGUUGAUGAAGCUGUUCGAGAACUUCCCGAUGCCAACUCGAGGCCAGAAGACCUGUGGGCAAUUCAUUCUGAACCUGUUUACCCAAGGCCUCAUAAGAGGGGCUCCUCUUCUUGGGCUGCAAUCCAGAAGAUAACCGCUGCCGGAGAAAAAGUUGGUUUGGAACACUUUAAUCCCAUAAAACCAUUGGGUUGUGGUGAUACUGGAAGUGUUCAUUUGGUGGAGCUGAAAGGUUCCGGAGAACUGUUCGCAAUGAAGGCGAUGGAUAAAUCUGUGAUGUUGAAUCGUAAUAAGGUGCACCGUGCUUGUGUUGAAAGGGAAAUUAUCUCUACGCUGGAUCAUCCAUUCCUUCCUACACUAUAUGCUUCUUUCCAGACUUCUACACACGUUUGUCUGAUAACCGACUUCUGUCCUGGAGGGGAGUUGUUUGCUUUGCUUGACAAGCAGCCAUUGAAAAUCUUCAAAGAGGAAUCAGCAAGGUUCUAUGCAGCUGAGGUUGUAAUUGGACUGGAGUAUCUUCAUUGUUUAGGUAUCAUAUACCGUGACCUGAAGCCUGAAAAUAUUCUACUGCAGAAGGAUGGGCAUCUAGUUUUAACGGACUUUGACCUCUCAUUCUUGACGUCCUGCAACCCUCACAUAAUAAAUCAUCCACAGCCAAAGAAAAGAAGAUCCCGGAGUCAACCACCGCCAACUUUUAUAGCAGAGCCAGUUACCCAAUCUAACUCAUUUGUUGGAACCGAGGAGUACAUUGCCCCUGAAGUUAUUACUGGAGCAAGCCAUACUAGUGCUAUCGACUGGUGGGCUCUAGGUGUUUUGUUGUACGAGAUGCUUUAUGGGCGUACACCUUUCCGGGGGAAGAACAGACAAAAGACAUUUGCGAACAUAAUGCACAAGGACCUCACAUUUCCAAGCAGCAUUCCGGUAAGUCUAUCAGCAAGACAGUUAAUUUACGCACUAUUAAACAGAGAUCCUGCUACCAGAUUAGGAACUCAAGGAGGAGCCAGUGAAAUAAAAGAGCAUCCUUAUUUCCGUGGAAUAAACUGGCCUCUGAUUCGUUGCAUGGAUCCACCGACCCUAGAAGCGCCUUUUAAAUUGAUCGGAAGAGAUCCAAAUGCAAAGGAAGUUAAAUGGGAUGAUGAUGGAGUCCUUGCUUCUCCUAUGGACUUUUUCUAGAAGAUAUAUUUGCCAUGUGAAAUACAGGAAUUAUGAAUUGGCAGAAACCAAAUUAUAAACUUCAAUGCAUAACAACAACUGAGAGGAUCAUCACUGGAGAAAGAGAAGUUGUAAUUGAAUAAAUUUUUGAGAAUGUACAUAGAGAGAGAGAGAGAGAGAGAGGAAGAGGUACAUAAAUGGAUCGAUUAGGGUAUUUUUAGUGUUGCUUCUACGUUUAGUGAAGGACACUUUUGUAUAUUCUGAAGUCUAACAUUGUAAUUGUUUGGAACCUCAGAGAGCUCCUCUUCCAUGCAUGUAAGUUUAUGAUUAAGAGUUUGUUCACAUUAAUACAAUUGCCUUACUAUUCACGAA